AUGGCUGAUUUCUGAUAUGCCAACUACCCAUCUGAAUGAAUGGAUGGGUUUUAUAAAGAUCAACUGAAAUGAAUCCCAUGUGAUAGUUCCUGCAAAACCUGAAGUAAUUCUGACUCCUGAGAUACAUGAGAGGAGUAUAUGUUUAUAAGCCAAGACACUAAUAUGUGUAAAUACUGAGAUGAAGGCCAGUAUUUUGAUAGAGUCUCCAUAUCUUGCAAACCUUGUGGAGACUCAUGAGCUUACGAUUGUAUUCAUCAACCAAGUUGAUUAGGUUGCUCUGAAGAGCAAUUCUUAGAUUUGGAAACACUAAGCUGAUUAAAAAUUUGAGAUCCUAACAAAAUUGAGCUAAAGUCAGAACAUCUAAACCAUAAAAAUGUUUGAAAGAAUCCUGAAAUUUUUAUUGACCAUCUCAGCCAGGAAAUUCUUGAAUUAGGAACUAGAGCUUAUCCAUAUAGAACAAUGAAAUCAGCUUCUGCUGAGAUUAUAAAUCAUUAUAGUAACACAAAUAUAAACAUAUCCAUUUACAUUAAGGAGGUUUAUGUUGAGACUGACACAUUCUUUGCUUACAAUAUGUCAUCUGUUAGGAUCUUUAAUCACCCUGAUUACCAAAUAGCACAUAAGAGAGCCUUAUUAUGCCUUACUUCUGAGGUUCAAGAAGGCAUCUCUAAGAAGGCCAGAUAUCACCUGCUGAAGUCUACAGAUAACUCUCCAUCGGGCAGGAGGAACUUAGAUGGCUAUCAAUACCUGGAUGGACAGUUUGUGUACUGGGAGGAAACAGGAUUCAUGAUAACAUCAACCAAUUUUGAAAUGAAUGGAAUAGACCUCUGGAACUACAAUGAGGCAAAGUAUACUAUCAUUCCACUGAACCUCCAGGAUAAAGAAGUUCGAAAACAUGUACAUCAACAGCACUGGGCUUGGGAUCAAACCUUUAGAUCCACUUAAUAUGCAUCUUGAAAACCUGACUGUGGAGAUGUCUCAGUUUUACUUUAUUGAGUAUUCAGAUGUCAAUUGAAAUUACCCAGAAGCUGCAGUUAGAAACAAGUUCUAUGCUAACAAUAUUGUCUAUGACAAAUCUUUUGGCAUCUAUAAUCAAGGAAUAAUGAUUGUGAUAAGUAAUCCUGGAAACAAUACUCUCUCAAAUAUAGAUUGUAGUAAAGCUUCUACAUUACAGGCAACAAUGUCUGCUUGUAUAAUUACUGGGAUAUUACCUGUUUGUAAUCCUCCUGAUAAUCUAGGAUACACUAUGCUACUUGAUAAUCAUAUGCAUGAUGGAAAGUCAGUGAAAAGGGCAAAUGAGUUUGUUUAUGUUCCUGCUUUCAUCAGCGAAGCUAUACCCUACAGACAAAUAGAUAUUGUAUUGAAGAACCAGUUUAUCUCCAAUUUGGACUAUGCAUCAAUUAUGGGUCUGUAUUACUUUUGGUUGACUGGCUCUGAGAGGUUGCAUCUUUCUAACUUUGUGUUCACAAACAUCACUAAAAUACCUCAUUUAGUAGAAGCAAUUAACUUCAAAAGUCUCUUAGUAGAUGACUUUCAUCUUGAAGAAAAUAUUAAUUUGAGAACCAAAAUAUUAAGCAUUAUAUCACCU